GACUUCUUAAUCUUAAACGACGUUGGCUUUAUAGACAAUUGGAGCUCUUUCUGGGGAAAACCUGGUCUGAUUAGGAGAGACGGCAUCCAUCCCACUUUGGCUGGUGCAGCUCUCAUUUCUAGAAAUAUGGCUGAUUUUAUUAGAACUCCUAAAGCAUGACAACCCAGAGUUCAGACCAGGAUGCAGAGUUGUAGUCUUCCACACCUCUCUGCAGUUUCCUCUCAGCUGUCACCCUCCAGUAAUUCAGUUAGCUUUAUUGAGACUGUGUCUGUCCCCCGACCACCAAAAUUCAAUAAAUUAAGCAAAUCAAAAAUAAACAAAAGACAUAGUAACCAUAAAAAUCUAAUUAAAAUUAAUACCACUAUUUCAACUGAGCGAAGAAACAGGACAAUUCAAUGUGGUCUGUUAAAUAUUAGAUCUCUCUCGUCUAAAUCUCUGUUAGUAAAUGAUUUGAUAACUGAUAACCAGAUUGAUUUGUUCUGUUUGACUGAAACCUGGUUGCAGCAGGAAGAAUAUGUUAGUCUAAAUAAAUCAACUCCUACUAGUCAUACUAACUGUCAUGUUCCUCGAAUCACAGGCCGAGGAGGAGGAGUGGCAGCAAUUUACCUCUCUAGCUUAAAAAUGAACCAGAGACCUAAACCUAGUUACAGUUCAUUUGAAAAUCUUACUCUCAGUCUCUCUCAUCCAGAUUUAAAAGCUCAGAAACCAGUUUUAUUUGUUGUUGUAUAUCGUCCUCCUGCUCCUUACUCUGAGUUUUUAUCUCAAUUCUCAGACUUUUUAUCUGAUUUAGUGCUCAGCUCAGAUAAAGUCAUUAUUGUGGGUGACUUCAACAUUCAUGUUGACGUGGACAGUGACAGCCUUACGACUGCUUUUAAUUCAAUAUUAGACUCAAUUGGGUUUUCUCAACAUGUAAAUAAACCAACUCAUAGUUUUAAUCAUACCCUUGACCUCGUUCUGACUUAUGGCAUAGAAAUCAAACAGUUAACAGUAUUUCCCCGGAACCCUCUUCUUUCUGACCAUUUUAUGAUAACAUUUCAAUUUACAACAAUAGAUUGUAUAGGAGUUAAGAAUAAAUAUCAUUACAGUAGAUGUCUGUCUCACAAUUCGGUGACUAAAUUUAAGGAAAUAAUACCCUCUCUAUUUAGUCCAGCACCACUUACUGAUAUAAUGGAAGGGAAAUAUUAUAAUUUUACCCCCACAGAAGUGGAUUAUAUUGUUAAUAAUGCUGCAGCCUCACUGCGUACAACACUUGAUAGUGUUGCACCUGUAAAAAAGAAAGUUCUAUCUCAGAGAGGACCUGCUCCUUGGUAUAAUUUCCCAGCUGCGGACUUUAAAGCAGGCGUCCCGAAAGCUGGAAAGGAAGUGGUACUCCACUAAUUUAGAGGAAGUUUAUGUAGCUUGGAAAAAUAGUCU